GGGUGCCUCCCUUUGCCUGCCUUCAUUCGUGAAUUAAAAGCUUUGGGUGCACAUUGCCUUCAAAGUUCAAACGGUGCAAGGGCAGGGCAGCUAUUGUUAUUUGGGUUCAUCUGUUGCUCGGUCGAGGCUACUCUCACUGGUCAGAAAUCUAAGCUUCAUUGAGGAAGCACCGGUGGACCAAAGAGAGGCAUGUCGACGAUGGUGGUGAGCGCAUACAAGGGGGUGAUUGACUCUGUUCUUGCAAAGCUCAGAGAGCUGAUGGGAGGGGACAUGUGUGCCAACCUCAUAGGCGUGUCCAGCAGGGACAUUUUGUUCCUCAGGGAUGAGCUGCCUGCCAUGAGUGCUCUCCUGGAGAAGCUGGAUGAUGCCGAAGAACUCGAUUCGGAGGCGAAAAAUUGGAGGAACCAAGUGAGGGAGAUGACCUACGACAUCGAGGACUGCAUCGAUGAUUUCAGUAACAACAUCACAAGCGUAGACGCUAAGACGGGGUUCCUCUACAAGGCUUCCCAAUUUCUCAAGACUUGCAGGGCUCAUCUUGAGGCUGCCUGGCAAAUCAAAGAGCUCAAGACUCGUCUACAGGAGAUAAACGAGCGGCGUAAGAGGUACAAGGUUGGACAUUACAUCUCUAAUACUACCUCAGUGACAGUUGACCCUCGCAUCUCGGCAUUCUAUAAGGAGACAGCCGGCCUUGUAGGCAUUGACAGCCCAAAGAGAGAGCUCACUAAAUUGGUGAUGGACGAAGAGACGCAAUUGAAGGUUAUGUCAAUAGUUGGAUUUGGAGGCCUAGGCAAGACCACCCUAGCUAGUCAGGUGUAUCGUGAAGUUGGAGUGCAGUUCAACUGUAAGGCAUUUGUAUCUGUUUCUCAAAAACCAGACAUGGUAAGGCUACUCACAAGUUUGCUGUUACAACUCAAGCAACAUCCCUCUCAUGCUUGUGGGGUGCAAGAACUCAUCGACAAUCUCAGGGAAUAUCUAAUGGAUAAAAGGUACUUCAUUGUAGUUGAUGAUUUGUGGGAUGUUCCUUCAUGGAAUAUUAUUACAUGUGCUUUUCCACAAAAUAAUCAACAUAGCAGAGUUAUAAUAACUACAAGACACGGGGAUGUGGCUAGGACAUGUUCCAGUGACCAUGGAAGCAUUAACAAUAUGAAGCCCCUAAGUGCCCAAAACUCAAGAGAACUAUUCUUCAACAGAAUAUUUGGGUCUAAAGAUUAUUGUCCCUCUUACUUGGAAGAAGUCUCAUGUAAAAUACUGAAGAAGUGUGGUGGCCUACCGCUUGCAAUUGUUACUGUAGCUAGUAUUUUAGCUUGCCAACCCACAAGACUGAAGGAGGAAUGGGAGUACAUUCAAAGUUCUCUAGCCACUAACAAAUUUGCAAGGAAGUCCACCUUGGAAGACAUGAUGCAAAUCUUGGAGCUCAGCUACAAGAGUCUGCCACAUCAUCUCAAAGCAUGCUUUCUUUAUCUUGGUGCUUACCCAGAGGAUUGUGUGAUUAGCAAGGUUGAUCUUAUUAAAAGGUGGGUAGCAGAAGGUUUUGUGAGUCACUCUCCUGGGCAAGAUGCAUGGGUUGUUGCAGAGAGCUAUUUCAAUGAGCUGGUGAAUAGAAGCAUGAUUCAACUUCCAUAUCAGGGCUACUACAAUGAAGUAUCUCAUUGCAAGGUUCAUGAUAUGAUGCUAGACAUGAUUCUAAUGAGGUGCAAGGAAGAUAAUUUCAUCAGUGUGAUACAAGAUCCACGAGCGGCGAUAGAAGUUCAAGACAAGAUUCGUCGGCUCACCAUUGACUUGAAUGGUGCCAUGGGUGACACAAUGGAUAUGAACAUUACUAGGAAAGUGUCACAAGUUCGUUCUCUUGGUGUAUUUGGAGGAUCAAAGUGGAUACCUCCUUUGUUGGAGUUUAAGUUUCUGCGGGUGUUAUUCCUUGAAUUCUUUCUACGAGAGAUGAUAAUUGACCUCACUGGUAUCAACCAACUGUCCCAGCUGAGAUAUUUAAAGGUUGAAUGCAAGGAAUGCCUAAUGGAUGGUGACAUACCAUCACAAGUUUCCAUAGUGUUACCAAGUCAAAUCCGAAGGCUACAACAUUUGGAAACCUUGGAGUUACCCUGGGUAUCAAAAUGCAGCAUCCCAUCAAUAUCAGGCAUCAUUGAUUUGCCGCGCUUGACCCAUCUAGUGUUGCGACAGCAUAAGGGGGGAUUACCGGAUGGGAUUAGAAAAUUGAAGUCAUUGCGCACUUUGCAUGGCUUUAAUCUACCAGUAAGCUCAUUGGAAAAUAUUGAUGCCCUGGGUGAGCUCACUAGUCUAGCAGAUAUGUCACUCCAUUGUGGCAAACAAGACACAAAAUCUACUACUCCAGGAUGGAUGACUGCUCUGAGUUGUUCCAUCGAGAAACUCGGUAAUCUCAAAGGUCUUUAUGUGAGGUCUAAUAGUCCUAGCUGUUGCGCCGAUGCGAUGAGCAGCUGGUUUUCACCUCCAUUUCUCAACCUUGAGAAGCUUGAUCUGCUAGAUUGGACAUUCUCCAAAGUUCCUAGAUGGAUUGGCCAACUCCAUAGCCUCCGUGAGUUGGCACUUGGGGGCAAGAAGAUACUCCAGGAAGAUGUUAGUAUGAUCGGCACAAUGCUACCCUUCCUCACCCAUCUAAGCCUACGUAUUGUUACAUGCAAUAUCGCGGUGAAGGAAAGCAGGAUCAUGAUAGAAGGCUCCAUAGGAUUCGCUGCUCUCCGGUUUUUCUGUUUUGACUCUAAUAGGAUGUCACACCUAGAGUUUGGGGUAGGUGCUAUGCCCCAGCUCAAGAGGCUGCUAUUAGCACUUGAUCCAUGGGAAUGGGAUGAGGCCACACCUGUUGGACUUAAACACCUCUUGUACCUCGAGGAAAUACGAGUAUUGACAGCAUCAACAGCUGUUGCUUCUGCAGGAUCUGAAUCAAUGAAUGGCAAGUCUGCACUAGUCAAGGGUGUGUUCCAUGAUGCCGCUAAUGCUCUCCAGAGUCGCCCAGCAUUUACCGUGCUCCCAAGGAUCCGUUCUCUCUCUGAUCACGUAAAUUGUUGUAAAAUUAAUAUGGAAACAGUUGCAUGUAAGUAGGAUUUUUAGGGAAUGUAUAUGUAAUUGUUGUAGCAAGAUUUGUUCUUGUUCCAACUGAACAUGGUUGUUAAUGUUCUUACUUGUAAUUGUAAGUUCUAAUCUUACAUCAAAAGGAUGCUUAGCCUAACA